AUGGGGAAAAAGAACAGCAACAAGGUCUAUUCGGUGGAAACUGAACUUGUGUACUCGCCUCUGGGUGACCAGCACAACGCUUCCGUCGCCCCACUUUACCAACUGGCGACCUUCAAGCAACCUUCGCUCAAUGAUAUGGGUGAAUAUGACUACACUCGUUCGGGUAACCCCACCCGGACUCAUUUGCAAAACCACCUUGCCCGGAUUAUGAAGGCUAAGCACACGUUUGCAGUGACUUCAGGGAUGGGUUGCUUGGAUGUGAUCACCAAAAUCUUGAAGCCUGGUGACGAGGUGAUUGCUGGUGAUGAUUUAUACGGUGGCACUCAGCGUUUGUUGACUUACAUGCACAACAAAGGUGACAUUGUUGUCCACCAUUAUGAUACGACUAACACUGAACUUAUCAAACUGAAGAUUUCUACUAAGACGAGAAUGAUAUUCUUGGAACUGCCUACGAAUCCUUUGAUCAAGGUGGUCGACGUUAAAAGCAUUGCUGACUAUGCUCACCAAGUCAACCCUGAUGUGAUUGUUGUUUUUGACAACACGAUGAUGUCGCCCAUCUUCAUGACUCCCUUAGACUUGGGUGUUGACAUCCAAUAUGAGCUGGCCACCAAGUACUUGAACGGUCACCAUGAUAUUAUGGCGGGGGUCUUGGCCACCCGUCUGGACGAGUUGGCGGAAAAGCUUUUCUUUGUCAUCAACCUGACUGGGUGUGGCUUGGCCCCGUUUGACUGUUGGUUAUUGCUGAGAGGCUUACGAACUUUGGCUGUACGUGUUGAACGCCAGCAACAGAACUGUAUGCGUAUUGCCGAGUUCUUAUCGCAAGUAGGUUUCCAAGUUCGAUACCCUGGACUCAAGAAUCAUCCUCAGCAUGAAUUACAUAACUCUCAAUGUCGCGGGUAUGGUGCUGUUUUAUCAUUCGAGACUGGUAACAUCAAAUUACUGGAAAAGAUUGUUGAGCUGACGGACAUUUUUGGUAUCGCUGUGUCGUUUGGGUGUGUGAACUCGCUCAUUUCGAUGCCGUGCAAGAUGUCUCACGCUCUGAUUGACGCCAAGACUCGGGCCGAGCGGGACUUCCCCGAGGAUUUGAUUAGGUUGUGCAUUGGCAUUGAAAACUGCGAGGACUUGAUCAAUGACUUGACUCGGGCAUUAUUGAAGCUGGGAGCGGUGAAGGUGAAUUCUCAAGACGAGUUGUACUUAACACUGACAGCUAAGUUGUAA